GGAAAGUAUAAAAUUGAAUAACGUGUCCCAAAAACAAAAAAUUUCGCUUCUUGUGCUGCUUCAUCAGAGACUCGCUCUUCUCCGAACAAAAUGGAGUCAUGCCCUUCCAUUAAGAACAUCCUCCUCCUCGAUUCUGAAGGGAAGCGUGUGGCUGUCAAGUAUUAUUCAGAGGACUGGCCAACGAAUAGUGCAAAGGAAUCUUUUGAGAAAGCUGUAUUUACUAAAACUCAAAAGACAAAUGCACGGACAGAAGCUGAAAUAGCAAUGUUUGAGAACACCAUUGUAGUCUACAAGUUUGUUCAAGACCUUCACUUUUUUGUUACUGGGGGGGACAAUGAAAAUGAGCUCAUUUUAUCCACAGUUCUCCAGGGAUUUUUCGAUGCAGUUGGCAUUCUCCUUAGAGGCAAUGUAGACAAGAAGGAGGCACUUGAGAAUUUGGAUCUCAUUUUAUUAUGCCUUGAUGAAAUUGUUGAUGGCGGUAUUGUCCUCGAGACCGAUUCAAAUGUUAUAGCAAGUAAGGUUGCAAGUCAUAGCAUUGAUGCUGGAGCUCCAUUGUCCGAGCAGACAAUUAGUCAAGCUUUGGCCACUGCACGCGAGCAUCUAGCUAGAUCCCUUCUUAAAUGAUUUGUGCACCAUAUGGAAGAAGAGAAGCAAGGAGAGAACAUCAGUUUUAUGUUUUUCUGUCCAAUAUACAUGGCGUGCUGGUUUUCAAGUAUCAAAUUAGCUAAAAAUGUCGCAUUGUUAUGAAAUUUGAUUACUUCUGUAGAACUUGGUUAAUUUGAAAAACUAGGAGAGAAUUUGUUUGCCAGCUCUGGAUGAUAUUCACCACUAUUCAAGAAUACAAAAUUUCCAUUAUACAAAA